AGGUUUAACAACUCUGCUUUCUACUGAGUUCAUCAUCUCUUAUUCGUCGAGUGUGUGACAGAAAGUUGUGUUUUUCCACUGAAGAAUCGAAGGAAAGUGUUUGAUUUUCGUGGGUUAGAAAUGUAUGCAGAGACCAAGCUGUUUCUCCCUUACUUGUAGAACUUUCCUCAAGAUUUUGAGUUGCUUGAAGAGUGAUGCAAAACCCAGAAACCCAAUGCCUCAAUGAAAGAACAUGUUCAGACCUCCGCAGAAUAUAACCUCGAAGAGGAAGUUGAUAUGUUCAGAGCUCUAGAUCCGAUCGUCGAAGAACCAAUUGUGGGCCUUGAUCCCAUGACUGUAGCCAUGUGCAGUGAAGAUGUCAUUACUUCAGACGAACUUAAUGCCGCAUAUAUCGAAUCAUUUCCAAAUGAGCAACUUCUAGAGGUUCUCAAUACAAGCGCCACUGGCUGUGGUCUGGAUUUUGAGACUCCUGUUGUGGAGAUAGACGAAAGCUUAAAUCAAGAAAAUGAAUUGCUUGGCGAUACAUCGUUCCAGAAAAGGGUGAGCUCGGGUUGUUUAAGUUCAAUGGGAUCUCUGCAAGGGGCUGCAAUCAAGCCUAAUUUUCUGGAUUUCCCCUUAAUGGAUUUCGGUUCUGUUUCUACGAUGAGGAGAGCACUUAGUGAAGGAGAUAUCAAGGUCAGCCUUAAUUAUCUUUGCAUUUUUUAUAAGAAUAGGGCCUCAUUCAAAAUCUCUUUCUUCCCCGUAAGUCCAUGUAAUCUUGUUUCGUUUCAUCGACAUUCAUUCUUCCACGUUAUGAAUAGCAACACAUGUUUUGUUUUUUGUUUUUUUAUGAAUUAA